GAGAGCGGCUCCUGCUUGAUUGGAGGAAGUGAUACAACAACAAAGAAAGAUGGCCGAAGUGAUAGAGCUGCAGAAGCUGAAGCUUGCUGAACUGAGGCAGGAGUGUGAGGCCCGAGGUUUGGAGACCAAAGGAAACAAAGGAGAGCUCAUCGCUCGACUGCAAGCCUAUCUGGAGGAGCAUGAGGAAGACGUGGAUGUUGAUGAUGUGCUGGCAGAGGACACAGAGGACUUUGCUAAAGUUGAGAGUGCCAACAAUGUAAAAGCCGACAAGGAUGACGAGUCAGCUGAGUGCGAGACACCUACUGAAAAGAAGGUGGUGAAAAUAACUCCUCCAUCAUCUUCCAGUGAAAGACUACAGAAGAGAGCUGAACGUUUCAACAUGCCUGCGUCAUCUGAGAGCAAGAAGGCCAUACGUGCAGCAAGGUUUGGUUUACCCGCUGAUGCUUCCAGUCCCUCUCCAGGUCUGGUUGCGAACAGUAAAGCUGCUGUGAACGUUGAUCAGCUGAAGAAGAGAGCGGAAAGAUUUGGCAUGAACGUGUCAUCCAUCUCACAAAAGAUGGAAGAGGAUGAAAAGCUGAAAAAAAGGAAGGAGAGGUUUGGGAUCUUAACAAGUGCAGGCUCAGGUGGUGGAGAUGAUGCUGAGGCAAAAAAAAUGAAGCGCGCUGAAAGAUUUGGGAAAGUGUAAAUACUGUUUUAGAGUUCGCUUUUUUUGUAAAGCAUUUUCAUGGCUGUACAACAACGAUCCCCGAAGAGGACAAAUAUCACUAAUAGGAUUCCUAUAUAUCAAAAGUAUAGUUAAAUACAAAGACAAAUGGGUGAGUUAAAUUGUUUAAAUGGUUUGAAAAACAAGGAAAGAAAAAGGUUUCAAUUAUUUACUGAGCCUGAAGUUAGUGGAUAUUAUAAAUCUGAAAAAAAAAAAAUUUGAUUUGUCUGUUUUCAUUUUCUCACUCCUGAGAGACAAUUCUUUUCAUUUCCCUGCUUUUAUAUAGGAGUUAUUGGGCUGUGGGCUGUGUGAGCUCCUGUGUAAUGUAGAAGAUGCUAGUUUUGUCUUACUCAUCUUUCCUGUUGUUACUGCUCAUCUGACAAAUAGGACUCAUACUGUUUUUCUGAUUUGCUCAUCUUAACUGCACAUUUAUUGACUCUUUAUCAAAGUAAUAGUUGGCCAUUGGUGGUGAGUCGAGCAACUUCCUGCAGCUGCUUCACAGUAAAAGCCUUCCAGCUUACUGCAUAAAACCACUUGAAAUUUCACAAAUCAAACUGAAGAUGCGAGUAAGUUGAGGGAGGGAAUACAUUUACUGUGGAGUAGCUGCAAGAAGUGUAAAAUUAAGUAACAAGUUUGGUCAUGUAUGCAAGUUUGCUUGAUACAAGUUUGUUCAAAUCAGGAUGAAAUUAGGAAAAGAAAGAAGAAUAAAGAUCAACAGAUCAGAAACCAGUGAGACGGCUUUUUCUUGUUCAAAGAGAAUAAGAAUAGAAACAAAACCCGGAGAGUAGCAUCUCCAACAAGGAAAAUGGAAGAUUUCAGCGGGUGAAACAGAAAAUGUGUAAAAUGUGUUGAGUUGAACAGUAAAAAAAUAUCUUGCUUAUGACAAUUGAAAGUAAAAUCUAUAUUUAUCAGAGGUAAUGCAGUUGAAUAUUUUAAUGUUCCUUUUAAAUGAUGUAACUCACUUAUUUGUAUUUAAUAGUAUGUUUAAUUGUACUUUUGAUUUAUCAGAUGGCCUGUUAUUUUCUUGUUUUCUUUUUGGGAUUCCAUUGGUACACUGCUUCAGUUAUCUGUCCAUUUUCUAACAUUUUGUGAUUUGAAAUAAAUUGUUUUUGAUUUUUUUGA